AUGGCACUUCAUUGCGGUGCGACGUGGGUGGCGGUGCUUCUGCGUGCGUUGUGCGGCGGGCUUCUUUUCUCCAUGUCUUUGCCCCUUUGUGUAUGGGAAGGUUGUGGGAGAGGAUGUGUGCGGGGGAGUGAGUGUGGGUGGCUGCCAGUCCUGCCCCGCGCAUUGGGGAAUUCCAGAAACGUGGCUUUGCUUGACGGCGUUGCGCGGCGCCCAGGGUGUGGCGAGGAGGAGGAUGGGGAGGAUCUGUUGUGGGCAGAAGGUGGAUGGACAGGACAGUCCCCUUCCGUGUCCUUCCCUGUGCUGUUGGCAUUACAUACUGAGAGCAUAAAUAUGCGCAAGUGCGGGAUGAAAGGUUUAUGCCGCUUGUUGUGUGUGCUACUCAAUCGUCGUCAUUGCACGCUGUCGUCACGGUGCGUUGUGGGGCGGUGCUGUUUGAUGAGGGAAGGGUGCGGUGACACGGCUGCUGCGCACCACAACCAUUUAUUGUCUCUGCACCGGCAUUUUUUAAAGUUUCUGUGGCUUGUUUUUUUUUAUGCGCUCGCAUAUAUAUAUAUAUAUAUAUAUAUAUAUAUAUAUAUAUAUAUAUAUAUGUAUAUAUAUUUGCUUCACGAUGAAUUUGUUGGAGGAACUUUGGUUUUGGUGCCUGCUUCACGGCGCUUCGCCUUGUGUGUCGGUUGCGGUGCUUCCACGUGGUGCUGA